AUGACAAUUGAACUGGCCCAAUUCAAGAGACUAAUUAGAUUUGUUUCAUCCGAUGGAAAUACUUACUUUGGUGAUGCUAUUUUACCCGAAGGUUCAAUAGACGUUUACCAAUGUAAAACUGCUUUCAAGAUCAAUGGAGACAUCUUUGGAGAUUACCAAUUGACCGAAGAAAUUUUGACUGUAACUAAAUUGUUAAGUCCUCUUGCUGCUGAGCAAGUGCCCGCAAUUAGAUGCGUCGGAAUGAACUAUAUUAAGCAUGCUAUUGAAUUAAAGAUGCAAAUCCCAAAGUAUCCAGUGGUUUUCUUCAAGCCCACUUCAGCUAUUGUUGGGCCCGAAGAUCCCAUUUUAGUUCCGUCCGCUUGUCAGAUUCAUGGAGCAAAAAUCGACUACGAAGUGGAAAUGGUGAUAGUUAUCGGUAAAACUGGAAGAGAUAUUGAAGAAAAAGAUGCACAAGAUUAUAUCUUGGGAUAUACCAUUGGAAAUGACGUUAGUCAAAGAACAUGGCAAAUGGAUAGAGGUGGUACCCAAUUUGGGGUGGGUAAAAUGUUUGAUACGUUUGCUCCAAUUGGACCAGCAAUCAUUUCGAAACAUGAAUUGACAGACACUUCGAACUUAAGGAUUUACUCUCAAGUCAAUGGUGAACAAAGACAGGACUCUAACACUCAGGACAUGAUCUUUGAUGUCAAUAAAGUUGUUUCCUUCAUGUCAAUGGGCACAACAUUAAAACCCGGUGAUAUCAUUUUCACCGGAACCCCAUCUGGUGUGGCAGUGGGACUUGAACACACUCCUUACCUUGUUGAUGGAGAUGAAAUCUUCUUUCACAUUGACCAAAUUGGAAACUUGAAAACUAAAGUUGAGUUUGAAAAACCAAAUCAAAAGAUUCUUGAAUAUUAUACUUAG